AUGGACUCGACGGACAGCGAGCGACGUCGCAAUAGUCCGUCUCUCGAUGGACCUUCGAGCUUCUCGCCGCCGCUGAAAAUGGAAGACAAGAGUCCGGAUCCUACUGCUAGUGAUGCGGACGUUGUGGCGUCGCAGACGAGUGCAGAAGAAGAGAUUGCGGAGCUGCAGCAGCAGCAGCAACAGACGGCGUCGGCUUUUACGAAUCUCUUGGGCAAGCGCGAAGCAGAGACGGAGCUACAGGAGGAGGAGAACGGCAGCGAAGACGCUGACGAAGAUCCGUCGCAGCUGCUACCCAUGGCGGAAGAGGAGGAGCAAGAACUGGCGCUCGUGCAGUGCGCUGGAAUGGACCAGUGCUUUGACUCGUGGAAUGACUUCCAUCGGGCCAUGGACGACUACUGUGAGGCGACGCAUCAGCCAAUGCGAUUGCGUACGUCGGACUCGGCAAAGGCUGUAAACUCUCGAGCGGCGAAGAGGAACAGCAUGAAGGAGCCCAUUGACGAGAGUGUUGGGUUUGUCAAGAAGCUUUACUUGUGCACGCACGGUGUCAAGACAAAACCCCGUGGCAAAGGUAAACGGCCGCGGCAGCACUAUCGCUAUAUGGGAUGCCCUGCCAUGAUCCGAGCCUGUAUCUCGGAACGCAAGCCGAAUGACCCGGAAGGACACGGUAAAAGCAAAUAUGUCGUCCGGGUCGUGGCCCAGAUCAAUCGCCACAACCAUCGUCUGAGUGAACACUUGUUCAAGUCGUACUCGGAAAGUCGCGUGGUGAUUGAUGAUGAGCUGGUGGUACCGAACUCGCAGCGGCGGCUAGAGCAAGUUGCAAGUGCUCCUGCUCCAGCUACGAUUGCACCCGUCGAACAAGAGAUUGCUGCCACGGUCCAUCCAGAGUUGGAAGAUUCUGCGUUGAAGACGAGCUCACUGUUUCAAGCACAACCGCUUGACCUCGUGUCUGUGUCGCGCGUCAAAAUUCGUGUGGGCUGGAUCGGAACAGGUAUCAUGGGUGCGAGCAUGUGCGGCCAUUUGAUGAACCACGGCUACGAAGUCACUGUGUAUAACCGAACGCUCUCAAAAUGCGACGAGCUACGAGAAAAGGGGGCAAGAGUCGCAGGUUCACCAGCUGAAGUAGCCCAAAACGCCGACAUCGUGUUUAUCAUGGUCGGCUAUCCGAGCGAUGUCAAGUCGGUCGUGCUUGACCCGGACUCGGGUUUGCUCUCGCGAAUGAAGGCUGGCGGUAUUAUCGUGGACAUGACGACCAGUGAACCUGCACUGGCAAAGAAGAUCUAUGACGCAGCCAAGCUGAGGGGUAUUUCCACUCUCGAUGCUCCCGUGUCGGGAGGCGAUGUUGGUGCUCGCGAUGCAACGCUGUCCAUUAUGGUUGGCGGAGACGUUGAUCCUGUCUACGUCACAAUGCCAUUUCUCAGCGUAAUGGGCAAGACGGUUCGCCACAUGGGACAUGCUGGAGCAGGCCAGCACACGAAAAUGAUGAACCAAAUAUUGAUCGCGACGAAUAUGAUAGGAGUUGUCGAAGGCCUUUUGUAUGCAAGGAAGAGUGGACUGGAUAUCGAAGAAGCUAUUCGGGUCGUGAGCGCGGGCGCGGCAGGUUCGUGGUCAGUCUCAAAUAUGGGCUCGCGCAUCGUCAAACGAGACUUCGAUCCUGGCUUCUUCGUUGAUCAUUUCCUCAAGGACAUGGGCAUUGCUCUCAAAGAAGCAAAGAAGAUGAACCUGUCCCUCCCCGGUCUUUCGCUGGCACAUCAGCUCUAUGUUGCUGUGAAGGCGCAAGGUCACGGUCGUUUGGGGACGCAAGCAUUGAUGAUUGCACUGGAGCAAUUGAACGGUAUUUAUCCCGAGAAAGUCGACAACGUGGAGGUGGUGUAG